UAUGGCUUUGUCUUGUCUGAUAUGGGAAUCGACUGCACCAAGCCAGAUCACCCUUGAAGAUUUUCAUUCCACAUUGUGUCUCUAAACUGUAGAUUAUCCUGAGGCGCAGAGCCACCCUCUACGUGGUGAACCUCCUGAUCCCCAGCUGCUUUCUCAUCACUGUGGAUCUCUUCAGCUUCCUGCUGCCACCCCAAAACGUGGACCGCUCCUCCUUCAAGAUGACCCUUAUUUUGGGCUACUCAGUCUUCCUACUCAUCAUAAAUAACCUGCUGCCCGUUACAGGAAGCACCAUUCCACUGAUAAAUGUGUUCUUCGCCAUCUGCUUGGCUCUGAUGGUGGCCAGCCUGCUGGAGACUAUUCUCAUCACCAACCUCCUGGUCGGCUCCAGUAACUUCCACCCAGUGCCUGGCUGGGUCCGAGUGCUCGUCCUGCGCUUCAUGGGCACCCUGGUCUGGCUGCCUCAGAAAUCCAGAGAGGACAAGAUCAUCCUCAAUCCAGUUGCAAGAGAAACAGACGUGAAAGUCUGCCCUCUAGUGUUGGUGGAGAGACAGGUUCAAACAGGAGAACCAGGUAAGAUGUGGGCAGAGGCAGGCGAUCCAGCCCUGGCGGAGCUGAGGAAUCUGGGCAAUGAGCUCCAGUCCAUCCGCCUCCAGGUGGCCCAGCAUGUGGACGGGAACCAAAUCUCCCAGGACUGGAUGCAGGUGGGCUACAUCAUAGACCGGCUGCUGUUUGGCGUCUACUGCGUCUUCGUCACAUUCAGCUUCAUCGUCAUCCUCAGCAUCUGGAGUAAUUCAUACAAACAGUGAUGUACUGGUUAAAAAAAAUAGGUGGUUAAACGCCAUUCGCUGUGAAUAAAGAAAUGCUCCCGAUAUGUUCUUUGCAUUUUUCCACGAUAGGUGGCUAAAUGUUUGUGUAAAAUACAAAAUGUGUGGAAAUAGUGCUUACCCUCCACUACACCACUGUGUACAAGACUUAAGAGUCUCCCGUGUUGUCAACUGCUGUUUAGAUUUAAAAAUAUGUACCUUAAAAUUAGCAUAACUUUAACAAUUGUUUGUUUGAUCUUCUGGCUGCACUGAGUAGGUGUGUUGACUUAUAUAUUACUAUAUUAGAUUAAAUGUAGAUUUUUAUUUGUCAAAUAAACAUAC